CGAAAAAUACUUCACACUCAUUCGGCGUGUUUUGGACCAGUGAAGAUCGCGGAGAAACAACUUCGUCGAGCCAAACAUCCGAACUGUGGCCAAAACCGGAGGAAAUGGACUUAAAGGAAAAGGUUUCGUUGGUGCUGGGCCAACGGUCGCCGAAAGACGUCCGUGAGCUGGUUCUGGACAACAGUCGUGCCGUUGAUGGGAGAAUUGAAGGUAUCACAGAGGAGUUCUGCAACCUGGAGACGCUGAGCCUCAUCAACGUCCGCCUGACCACUUUAGAAGAUAUGCCUAAACUGGACAAACUGAAGAAGUUGGAGCUCUGCGAUAACAGGAUAUCAGGAGGUCUAGAGGUUCUGGCUGAGCGUCUGAAGAACUUGAAGUAUCUUUAUCUCAGUGGCAACAAAGUUAAAGACAUCAGCACUUUGGAGCCGCUGAAAAAUUUGCCUCAGCUAAAGAGUCUGGACCUCUUCAACUGCGAGGUGACCAACCUGACUGACUACAGAGAGUCCAUCUUCAAGCUGCUCCCCAACCUCACCUACCUGGACGGCUUCGACAUCGACAACUGCGAGGGCUCCGACUCGGACGGCGAGGUGGACGGAGCAGAAGAUGAUGACAAAGCUCGUCUCUCUUUUUUUGAGGACGUCGAGUAUGCAGAGUACGAUGACGAAGAUGAUAACAGCGAUGAUGAGGACGGACACAUAAACAGAGAUGAAUGCAGUGACGACUGUGUAGACGACGAAGAGGACGAUGAAGACGAGGAUGAUGACGGCUCAUCUCCAGCCAAAGGAGAGAAGAGGAAGUGGGACCCCGAAGACGACGACGAAGAUGACGACAAAGACGACGACAAAGACGACGACAAAGACGAUUAAGUCCCAAUUGACCUCUCGCUCAUGCCACGUCCCGGGCUGCAUUCCAUUUCUCCAACUGGCACCCUCCCAUUGACUCCACGUCACUCUUUUGUGUUUGUGUUGUUGUUGCUGUUUUAUAACUGGCACCGAAAGUUAAUUUGAUUUUAAAAGUUUGACAAGACGUUAUUCAGUUUUGCGUCAAUGAUGUCGCUGAUUUCAUCCCAAACUUUCUCAGGAUUUAAAGCCCCUACUCUGCCGGCUUCAUCUGAAACACACAACUAAAACGUCGUUGAGCGUUUUUUUUAAAUGCGUCUCAAGAAGGUGGAAAUGUCUUUGUCAACGAUUGUUAGAUUUUUUACAUUUAGUUAAGGUAAAUAUGCAAUGCCAGAGGAGGUCAUUGCAUCCAAAUGUCCCCCAAUGAAUCAAUUGAUGUCAUCAACCCCUCCGAGUGCUCAGGGCAAACUGUGGCGUGUCUUUAGUUUUUUUUUUUUCCCCCCCAUCUUAACUGUUUUUAUUCUUCCCCUAAGAAAUGUUGAUUGUCCACAGAAAAGCAUUUUACCCUCCCAUCCCUAUCCUCUUUGCUUUCACACUUUUUUUUUUUUUACUUUCUGUAAGUUAAAGGAAAUACUACAAAAAA